AUGGCAGUGGCGUUUGGUGCGGUCGCGCUAGGCGCCGCGCUGCUUGCGCUCCUGCCGCCAGAUGCGGCGCACGCGGCUGCCACCGGCGGCGACGUCAAUGCCCAGGUCAAUGCCAGCUUUGACCUUGGCGAAGGGGAGGAGUUCUGGGGCAACGUGGCCCGGUACGGCCGCUACUUUGUCACUGUGAUGCUCGGCACCGGUUACGUCAUGGUGCGCCCGCUUGUGGGCCUCUUCAAAAACCCCGUGUCCGGCGUGCUCGCCGUGGUGGCCCUGGGCGCCUUUGGCUAUGGCAUGAAGGUAACGCUGGACGCCAUGCUGGGGCUGUCGCAGCCGUUUGAGUACCUGCCGGCGCAGUCGUUCUGA